GGUCUCAAGAAAAGGAUGGAGCAGCUCAAGAAAAGUAUCGAGACGGCCAGUAAAGCUGUGGACGUGGAGAAACAGAAAAACGUUGACCUCUUGCUGGAGAUCUUUCCUCCCACUAUAGCCCAGAAGCUUUGGCGAGGAGAGGAGGUGGAGCCGAUGACUGUCGAUGACGUCACGAUGCUGUUCAGCGACAUCGUGGGGUUCACGGCCAUCUGCAGUACGGCCACGCCCAUGCAAGUGGUGGACAUGCUCAACUCACUCUACACACACUUUGACCAGUACUGUGUGGACAUCGAUGUCUACAAGAUCGAGACUAUCGGCGACGCCUACUGUGUGGCCGGUGGCCUCCACAAGGUCAGCCAGUACCACGCCCAACAGAUCGCCUGGAUGGCCCUCAAGAUGAUGGCCGCGGCCAAGAACGAGAAGGCUCACGAUGGCGCCGUCAUUAAGAUGCGGAUUGGGAUCCACACGGGUCGGGUUCUAGCAGGGGUCGUGGGUCGCAAAAUGCCACGGUACUGCCUGUUUGGGAACAACGUGACCAUCGCCAACAAGUUUGAGUCUGGGAGUGAGCCGUUAAAGACGCACGUGAGCCCCACGACAUACGAGCUGUUACGUCAUACUCCAGGAUUUUGCUUCACGCCGAGAACGAGGGAGAACUUACCAGCGGGGUUUCCCCAACAUAUACCGGGAAUUUCCUAUUUUCUCGAGGACUAUGAGUUCCCGGAUGUCAAGGGGUGUGGCUCUAGGGUAGAUCACGUGGCUCUGGCGGUGGAUUACUACAGGAUUAAAGAUGUUCCGGCUAGCUAAUUAAUCCAUGGGAUGACUUCAUAAUAAUAUGUAAACAUAACAAGAACUAUUUGAAAUAUCAUUAUAAGUUUACAGAUAUAUCAUUAACACGAAUCAUUCAUUCACCUUGAUAGGAAGUAUUUAUUUGUUAUUUAUUUUAAUUACUCAUUUUGUCCAGUAUUAUCGACCUGUAAUGAACGUUUCAUACACGAUCGAUGCUUACAUCAUGAUUCAGAUAUUAGAACAGCUAAAUUAACCGGUGAAUAUCUGUGUAGAUACU